AUACCUACCCACUCCUGUAAUAGCAGACGACAAAAUAAAAUUUACAUGAUCUAAAAAUCUAAACGUGUAAUUUAUAAAUAAAAUGCUUUAGUAAAUAAAAAAAAAGACUGUAUUAAAUAAUGUCUUUACAAAAAGCAGAUUUGCAUCGUACAAAUAUUCCAAAAAAUGCAGUGCUAUUAACUGAGUCAGAGGCUGUUGAAUAUCAAUGGAAUAAAAUAAACAACUGGCCGGCACAAUUGGAAGUAUGGGCUUUUAAAUAUGGCAUGGGCAGUUUAGGAACAAUAGCUGGUUUUACAGCUUUAUACAUUGGCAGACAUCAUAGAAGAAAAUUAAAAUUAUUUGGAUAUGGAUAUAUAUCGACAUUUCUCAGUACAGUUGCUUCUACAUCCUUAGUAACAUUGUAUUUUCAUUCAAAGUUUAUCACAUCAAAUCUUCUUGUUCAUAAAACUCCAUGUUCUGUUUGUUUGCAAACGAGGGCAAUGUUAUUACAAACCUGUACAGGGGUAAUAUAUCCUCUAAUAGUGUCUCCCAUAAUUUGUUCUCUGGUAGCGAUAAAAGUUGGAAUUAGAAUUCCCUAUUACACAGAAUGGCAAGAACUUUAUAAAAUGUGGUCGGUUAUUAAUAAACCACUUAUUAGGCCGCUCCUUAUAUUAUUUUCUUUUCAAACUAUACUGGCUGCUGGUGUCACAUAUUAUGAAGCUCAACAAUUGUACAAUAUACAGGAAAAAUAUUUAUCUUAUGAAAAAAACCAUUCAAAAAAACUUGAUGGUAUGUAUAAUUGUAAUUAAUAAAAUUACUUUUAUUUACA